UCUCUGAUCUUAGGGCAGACAGGCAUAGUGUAAAAUGGCGCACAGCUGUCGGUGGCGGUUCCCCGCUCGGCCCGGAGGGAGCAGCAACUUAGGCACCGGGAGGAGAGCGGGCCGAAUCCGGGUCACGGCCUCCCUCCGAAGUGGCACUGGGACCCACCCGAACACGGCUGGGCUCGGGCCCGGCUUUGAUGCAGCGUUACAGGUCUCAUCUGCUAUCGGUUGCAACCUGCAGACAUUUCGGGAUGUUUUGGGGGAGUCGAGUGGUUCAAGCAGCGGGGAGGAAGGAGCAUUUGGAGGGUUUGGAACAGUCAGUGAACACCGACAAAAACAGAGUCCGCCAAGGGCGUUGGCAGUUACUCCCACGCAGGAGAAGAAGCCCAGAGGCCGACCCCCACGAGCCCUGACUGCACAGAAAGGGGGCGCAGGCGCCGGCCCUUCCCCUUCGUCUGUCUUGGGGAAACCUGAGGGCCAGGAACGGCUUUCGGAGAAGGCCAAGCGGCUGCCGGGGAGGCCGCCUGGCUCCGGAGAGAAGAGGAGAGGCCGUCCUCCAGCCUCUGUCACACAGAGGAGUUGGGAGGCUCGCAGCCAUGCAGCCAACAACAAUGACAGCAGGCAGGUGGGGCAGGAGCACGCCUCCACAGCUGAACAUCGCAAGGACAGGGCCGAGGACGGGAAAGCGAGGAAGGCCACAAAGAGAACGCCUCUGGGCUCCAUGCAGCACGACACAGAGGCCAAGCCUCUCAAAGCGAGCCGCGUGUCCAAGGUGACCAAACUGAAGCGGCUGCGCGAGAUCAAACUGAGCCCGCUCAAGUCGCGGCUCAAGGCCAUCGCCAGGAAAUGUUUGCCGGUGUCUGGCGUGCCUCGGCGCAGACGAGGACGGCCUCCCUCUGCCGAGCGCCGCAAAGCCGAGGCUGCCACCGCUGCUGCCCAGGCCUCUGGUUCAGAUGAAACCAAACAAAAGGCUUUCAGGGUCCGCCGGGACAGAUAUAGGGACCCCCACACUCCUCAACAGCAGUCUAAGCUCAGGGCGUCCCACGUUGCUGAGGACGACGACAGCCCCGACGUCCACAGCUCCUCCCCGCCCUCCAGCCCGCUCGCCGAAUCCUCUCCUUCCAAGCUGGGCAGGCCGCUGAACCUGAGGACCAGCCCUCGCCACGUCAACCCCGUACGGAUCGUUCCCCCCUCCAAACGCACUGACGCCGCAAUUGCCAAGCAGCUGCUGCAGCGCGCUAAGAAAGGUGCGCAGAAAAAGAAACUGUUAGAGAAGGAGGCAGUGGCCAUAGGAAGCCAGGGGGUGGCAGGCAUGGAGGCAGGCAUCCGGAAGAGGAGGAGAACGCAGCUGAAGAACAUCAGGCAGUUCAUCAUGCCCGUGGUGAGCACCGUCUCACUGCGCAUCAUCAAAACCCCAAAGCGCUUCAUCGAGGACGAGGGCAGCUUCGGGGCCCCUCACCCCCACAUGAAGAUGGCACGGUUUGAUGCUGUCCCGCACCCUGUCGCUGCCCCCCAGCCUGCCCCGGCCUCCUCCCCCAUGCGGGCGUCUACAGCGGCAGUUACUACCGCCGCUGCUACAGCCGUGACCGCAGCUCCGGUCGACACCAUCCCUCCCCCCGCCACCAUCGCAGCCAGCAGUGCUACUGCCGUGGCGGCCAGUCUGCUCAACAACCGCUGCAACAACGGCACCAGCAACGGGCGCUUCAGCAGCAGCGCUGCCUCGUGUGGCUCCAGCGCCAUGUCCCAGCACUCCUCCCAGCUCUCUUCGGGCGAGUCGUCCCGCUCCAGCAGCCCCAGCCUGGACGACUCUUCGUGCGACUCCCAGGCUUCGGAGGGCACUCAGGCCCUGUCCGAGCGAGACCACUCCCCGUCCUCCCAGGGAGAGAGGGAGGGGGACUUGCUGCACACCUCCAGGCCGCUGUCGGAGCCCGAGCCGGAGCAGCGGGUGCUGAUUGAGAGGGGUCGGCGGGGCCGCAGAGGCCAGGGUGUGGGCAGGGGCAGCCUUGGGGCAAGGGGAAGAGGCAGCCUGGCCACCGGAGGGAAGAAGGCCAUCAUCAGUCCGGCCACAGGAGUCUUGAUGUCCAACUCUCAACAGGGUGCCUCCUUCCCCCCACCUCCCCCUCUCCUUAGUCCCCCGCUGCAGGCCCAGUCAGGCUCCAUUACAGUGGAGCAUCACCCCCACUCCCCUUGGAUCCUGCCCCACCCGUUUCGCCAAGGCCCGUCAUUGGUGCUCUCCAGCCUGCAAGACAAGCGAAGGUCCAUCUUGAGAGAGCCCACCUUCCGCUGGACAUCACGGUCUCGCACCGAGCAGCAGUACUUCUCCUCCGCUAAGUACGCCAAGGAGGGCCUUAUCCGCAAGCCCAUCUUUGACAAUUUCCGCCCUCCCCCUCUCACUGCCCAAGACGUAGGUCUAAUGCCCCAUGGUGCCGGAGGGGUUGCUCCAGCGGGUUACCCCGCGCCAGGUGGUGGGUCCGGAGCGGGCACCCGCCUGUUCUCCCCACUGCACCACCACCACCACCACCAGCAGCACCCCUCGUCCCGCUUCGAGUCACCGCUCCAGAAGCGCAGCCCGCUGCUGCGCGCCCCACGCUUUACUCCCAGCGAGGCGCACUCGCGCAUCUUUGAGUCGGUCACCUUGCAGUCGUCAUCGGGGAGCAGCCCGGGAUCGCUGUCUCCCCUCCAGGCCUCCCCCAAGUCGGGCCGGUCGGUGAGACGCAGGAGGAGGAAGACCCUGGGACUCCUGCGUUGUCAGCCCCGGUCUCCUUCACACUCCAUGACCACGCGGAGCAGCCAGCCAGGGGCCCCGCCAGGAAAGGCCCCCUCUGAACUGUGUCUGCUGACAGGCUCUGUCUCCACUGGUGCCAGCAGCACCUGUAGCUCCUCCAGCUCUCUGCCCACUAGUGCCUUAACGCCUGCUCCUUUCACUACCUUCUCACCGGGCUCCCUGGGCCUCUCCUCACAUGGGCCUUCCUCCUCUGACGGACACAGAGCAGCCGGGAGCCUUGGUGGCGGUACAGGCGGCAACUCAGCCUCUUCCUCCUCUUCCCAACUCUUCCCACUCUUCACUUCCAGCCCCCAGGAGACGGGCCGCGGUGCCGGGAAAGGGGGGAGAGAGAGGAGCACCUCUGCUUCCCGGGACUCGGCUCCAGUCAAGGAGCUGGAAAGGGAGACUGAGAAAAGCAGAGAGCGUGAGAAAGAGAACAAAAGGGAAGGUAGAAAAGAUUGGGAGAGGAGAGGGAAGGCGUCCACUCCAGACGCCUCUCUUAAUACGACCCCCAGCCUGUUUGCCGUGGAGGGGAGGGACGGGGAAGAGUCUCUGACCUCCGGUGCUCCUAAAAAGACACCUGGGAGGAAGAAGUCUGUGUCCGUGGACUCGGGUACAGAGGCAGCACCUGUAGAAAGGGCUGCAGUCCACUCCUCUAUUCCCCUUAUCUUGACCAAGGGCCGCGCCUCCAAAAAGACCCGGCCCUUGGAGAGGGGGCCAGAGGCUGAGCCUGGGGAGAAGGAGAAAACAAGUGCCCCUGCCCAGCAGACAGGCCUUCCCCUGGGGCAGACCGGGAGCAAGAAGCCCCUGGCUGCCCCGUCACUGGGUUCCAUGCUGGCGCACGCCGAGAAGCUGCCUGUGGCCGACAAGCGGGUGGCGGGCCUGCUGAAGAAGGCCAAAGCGCAGUUGUUCAAGAUCGAGAAGAGCAAGUCACUGAAGUCUCCAGACCAUCCUAAAGUUCAGAGCCAAGAGAGCGACUCUUCGGAGACGUCGGUGCGAGGGCCGCGCAUCAAGCACGUGUGUCGGCGUGCCGCUGUGGCCCUGGGCCGCAACCGGGCCGUGUUCCCCGACGACAUGCCCACCCUCAGUGCCUUGCCGUGGGAGGAGAGAGAAAAGAUCCUGUCUUCCAUGGGGAAUGAUGACAAAUCUUCAGUGGCGGGUUCGGAAGAGGCGGAACCCCAGUCCCCUCCCAUCAAGCCUGUGAUGAGGCACACCAAGACUAUCCAGGAGGGAGGGGCGGUGCCCAGGAAGGGGCGGCGGUCGCGGCGCUGCGGGCAGUGUCCUGGCUGCCAGGUCCCUGAGGACUGCGGAGUCUGCACCAACUGCCUGGACAAGCCCAAGUUCGGGGGCCGCAAUAUCAAGAAGCAGUGUUGCAAGGUCCGAAAGUGUCAGAACUUGCAGUGGAUGCCUUCCAAGAUUUUUCUCCAGAAGCAAGGGAAAGGCAAAAAAGACAAGAAGAACAAACUGUCAGAAAAAAAGGAGGUGCUACACCCUGUCAAGGACCCAACAAGCGCUGAGUUUAGUCUCAAACCGGCCCCACCCCCUUUGAAGGAGGAGCCCCCUCAUAAAAAGAGUGAAGCCCCUCCCCCGAAGCCAGGUGAGGAGAAGCAUAAACAGCCGCUGCCACAGUUGCAGUCCCCCCAGCUGAGAAUCCUACCCUCCCAAACAACCAGCCCCCAGACCCCCAGCUGCGCCACCGCCCUUGGGCAAGACCAGAAACAUCUUGCAACGGCACCCACGGGUGCUGCUAGUAGGAAGGAACGAAAGCCUCAGCAGCCCACCCCUCCCUCCUCCCCUUUUUCUUCCUCACCCCAGAGCUCCCCCUCCCCACCAACACCCCAGCCCCCGCAGCAGAGGCCCCAGCCCACCCAGGGGCCUCCAAAAAAGGAGGGAGGAGGGGCUCCCAAGUCUCCACCCACAGAAGCCAAGGGGAAGCCACAGCAGCAGUGCUUGGCCACACCCAUCACAGACACAGCACCCGAAGGGAAGCAAAUGAAGAAACAGACUCCUCGCUCUGUCCAGCCACAACCUAAACCCACCAAACCAAAAGAGAAGCAGCAGAAGCCGUUAGCCACCAAACCUGAGAGCAGUACUUUAAACUUGCUGAGCACUCCCUCGACUGGGGGCACCGCCAAGCAGAAAGUGCCCAGCGACGGAGUGCACAGAAUCAGAGUAGAUUUUAAGAAGGACCAUGAUGUGGAAAACGUGUGGGCCACGGGCGGCCUCAGCCUCCUCACCUCCGUGCCAAUCACUCCACGGGUCGUCUGCUUCCUCUGUGCCAGCAGUGGCAACGUCGAGUUUGUCUUCUGCCAGGUGUGCUGUGAGCCCUUCCAUCUCUUCUGCUUAGGGGAGACUGAGCGCCCUCUGGAGGAGCAGUGGGAGAACUGGUGUUGUCGCCGCUGUCGCUUCUGCCAUACCUGUGGCCUCCAGCACCAGAAGACUAAACAGCAACUUCUGGAGUGUGAGAAGUGCCGAAACAGCUACCACCCUGAGUGCCUGGGACCCAACCAUCCCACCAGACCCACCAAGAAGAAACGGGUCUGGAUCUGCACCAAGUGUGUGCGCUGUAAGAGUUGUGGAGCCACAAAACCUGGGAAGGCCUGGGACGCCCAGUGGUCACAGGACUUCUCCCGAUGUCAUGACUGUGCUAAACUCUUUGCUAAAGGUAACUUCUGCCCCCUUUGCGAUAAGUGCUAUGAUGACGACGACUACGACAGCAAGAUGAUGCAGUGUGGGAGAUGCGACCACUGGGUCCACUCCAAGUGUGAGAACCUCACAGAUGAGAUGUACGAGUUGCUGUCGAAUCUGCCAGAGAACGUGGCCUACACCUGCACCAGCUGUACGAAGCGUCAGCCGGCCGAGUGGAGGACGGCCUUGGAGAAGGAGCUGCAGGGCUUGGUGCGCAGGGUCCUCACCGCGCUGCUCAAUUCCCGCACCUCCACACACCUGCUCCGCUAUAGACAGGCUGUGAUGAAGCCGCCUGAGUUGAACCCUGAGACGGAGAGUUUACCCACCCGACGCUCCCCCGAGGGGCCAGACCCCCCGGUCCUGACUGAGGUCGUGCCCCCCAAUGACUCCCCCCUCGACCUGGAGUCGGUGGAGAAGAAGUUGGACGCGGGGCGCUACAAGUCUGUGCUUGAGUUCAGUGACGACAUAGUGAAGAUCAUCCAGACGGCCAUCAACUCAGACGGCGGGCAGCCAGAGAACAGGAAAGCCAAUAGCAUGGUCAAGUCCUUCUUUAUCCGGCAAAUGGAGCGUGUGUUCCCUUGGUUCAAAGUCAAGGAGUCCCGAUUCUGGGAAACGCACAAAUUCUCCAUCAACAGUGGCCUCCUCCCCAAUGCCGUGCUGCCCCCCUCUCUGGACCACAACUAUGCCCAGUGGCAGGAGCGCGAGGAGAUCGCCCGUGCCGAGCAGCCCCUCAGGAAGAAGAUCAUCCCGGCCCCUUGCUCCAAGACCCACGUAGAGCCAGACUCUCCCAACUCCCCCCCUCCGCUCAGACCUCUACUUCCUCCACCUCUCCCUAUGUUCCACGACCUGAGCCGUGAAGACAGUCCUGAGCUGCUCCCACCCCCUGGCGUCAGCGACAACCGCCAGUGUGUGCUGUGUCUCAAGUAUGGAGAUGAUCACAUCAACGAGGGCGGCAGGCUGCUGUACAUCGGGCAGAACGAGUGGACCCAUGUGAACUGUGCCCUGUGGUCAGCCGAGGUGUUUGAGGAUGACGAUGGCUCUCUGAAAAACGUACACAUGGCCGUAAUCCGAGGGAAACAGUUGCGCUGCGAGAACUGCCAGCGUCCCGGCGCAACAGUGGGCUGCUGCCUGACCUCCUGCACUAGAAACUACCACUUCAUGUGUGCCCGGCAGCGCCACUGUGUCUUCCUGGAGGACAAGAAAGUCUACUGCCAGCGCCACCGGGACCUCAUCAAAGGAGAGGUGGUGUCCGAGUCUGGCUUCGAGGUCACGCGGAGGAUCCUGGUAGACCUGGAGGGGAUCAGCUUGCGGCGGAAGUUCCUGACCGGCAUUCGGCCGGAGAACAUCCACAUGAUGAUAGGCUCCAUGACAAUCGAUUGCCUUGGAAUGCUGACUGAGCUCUCAGAUUGCGAGCGCAAACUCUUCCCCGUCGGCUACCAGUGUUCCAGGGUGUACUGGAGCACUCUAGAUGCCCGGAAGCGCUGUGUCUACACUUGCAGGAUCCUGAUGUGUCGUCCCACUGUGGUGGAGCCUGACCUGAAGAGUGCUCCUCCAGAGGAGAACCGCACCAUCUCCCACAGCCCUUUAACUCCCAUCUCAGAGAAAGUCCCCUCUCCAGUGCCCGAGACGUUUGACUCCUUGAAGCCCUCUGACCGCCUGUCCCUGCUGCCCUCCAGCCCAAAUCCUCCUAAAGUUUACAAACGGAACAGGCACCCCAGCUACCCCCCGUGCCAGAGAUCCCCUGGCUCCAGACCACUUCCAUCCCCAGAUGGUACCUCCCAGUCUGCCCAUGAGAUUGUGACGGUGGGGGACCCCCUUCUGAGUUCCAGCCUGAGGAGCAUCGGCUCCCGUCGCCACAGCACCUCCUCCCUCUCCCCCCAGCCCAGACAGAAGGUAGUCUCCUCUUCACAGGCCGCUAUGAACCAAUUGGCCCGGCUCUUCUCUUCCGCCCCACCCAUUCCCCUCUCCUCCUCCAGAGACCUGGGUCUGAGGGAGAAGGGGAAGCCACCUGCCAGUGGCGUCCGAACGCAGGGCCGCGACACAAGUUCACUCAGCCCUGGAGGUCAACACAGCAGACGCCGCCACAGCAUCUCUGAGAUGAAGACAGACGGUGGGAAAGAAAGCGUGCCUGGCAAGCAGGCUAUGUGUGAGAACCCUAAACUUUCCCCAAUGGCCCCAGAGAUGACAGGAGCGAGCCAGGCCUCCCCACCACCAGGUACAGGUGUCCUGACAGGGCACCAAAGGGUGAGCAGCAGCAACUCCCAAGCAGAGAAGGGGAAGGUCCCAGACCUGUCGGCUGGCGUCACGCUCCUCUCCCGCCACCGCGCCACCACGACCCUGUCCAAGGACAGAGGUGGUGGUAGUAGUAACCUGGCCAAGGAGGGAGGUGUUACCUUGGCGCCAGCUUCUAAAGAUGCUGGAAAAUUGGGGUCUCCCCAGCCUCCGUUCCACAAAAGCGUCGGGAAGAAGUCCCAGGAUUAUCUUUCGGGAAAAGCCCCUGCCGCUGCCAUGAAGCCCCUGUGGUCUUCAGAGGCUAUGGCUGAGGAGGACGCCGUCAAACAGAGCUCCCAAGCCACCCCGGCUGUCCCCUCCAGCCAUGCGGCCCCCACUACCAAAGACAAGCACUCCAAAGUCCAAAACAUUGACAGCAGAGAGGCAUCUAAAGAGCGGGAGAAGACUCCUCAGAACAGCAACAAGAACCUCAACAAUGCUAAAGAGACUGGUGGAACCACUAACGCUCCAACCCCAACUUCUCAGAACAGCAACAGCAAGGCUGCGACCCUCAGCAACAACACCAGAGCCACUGGCAAGCAGGAGGUGGAAAAGUUGGAGAAUCAAGGAAGAGGGCGAUCUGCAAAGAGCAGGGAGAGGUUUUCGAGCCCUGAGAAGAACCGCGCCAGCCUAGAGGCCAUAAAGCAGCCCAGGUUAGCCUCCGAGAGAAGCAUGAGGGCUUCGCAGGUUCAAGCAAGACUAACAGCCAACGACAUCGCCGCUGCUAGAGACAAGAAGCGGGCUAUAGUCAAGGCGUCCCUGACGCCGCUGAAGACCGACCCUAACGGGACCAACACCGUGAGUUCUUCCUCUGACUCCUGCAUCACCGCUUCCAUCUGUCCCACGGGCCAGGAGGGACCCCCCCACCGUAAGUCUUCCUGCUCCAUGCUCUUCUCACCGCCGACACGCUCAGAGUCGAACAGCCCGCCACUGCACCCUGAGGACUGCGUGGAGAAGCGCCUCCUAGCUCACUGCACCGAGGACGAGGGGACCAGCGACCGGGACGACCAUGCCCUGCUGGAGGAGGAAGGUGGCGACAGGGAUAAACAUCAUGAAGAUGACAGCGACUGCUCGGGUUCGACCAAGCGGCGUUACCCGAGGCGCAGCGCCAGAGCCCGCUCCAACAUGUUCUUCGGCCUGACGCCUUUCUACGGAGUGCGCUCCUAUGGAGAGCAGGAUAUCCCCUUCUACAGCAGCAGCGGGGAUGGGCCCGGGAAGAGGAAGGCCGGAGGCAGCAGGCGCUCGGCCGAAGGCCAGGUAGACGGUGCGGACGAUAGGAGUACCUCCUCUUCGGGGGACAGCGGAGAAGAAGAGGAAGGGAGAUUCAACCAGUGUUCCAACAAGGAUCCGUACUAUUACAACUUCACCCGCACCAUCAUCAACCCCGGCCCAGUGAUGCCCUCAAUCGAGGGGAUGGGCCAGUGCCUGGGGAGGGGCUCUCAGUUGCAGAGCUUCCUGAAGGAGGAGGAGAGGGUUGUUGCCGCUGUGGAUGAGGAUGUUCCCACCCAGAGCCUCCUGGGCCACCAGCAGAUCGGCCAGCUGGACGGCGUUGACGACAGCUCAGAGAGCGACGCCAACGCAAACACCACCACCACGGCCACCGCGGCGACUUCUUCCCACAAGAGCACGGGUAAGAGGAAGGGCAGAGAGAGGCACAUGGAGAAGCUGGAGCAUGACUCCGGGAAGGAGGCAGACAAUGGCAUUGGAGGGGGUGGGAGCAGCAGCAACAACAUCCGAGAAGGGAGGAAGAGCCAGAAGGACAACUCCCUCCCUCUGGGUGGGGUGAAGUCGUCACAGGGUCAGGACCCCCUGGAGGCCCAGCUCUCACUUAACACUGACCUUAAGUCUGACUCGGACAACAACAACAGCGACGACUGCGGCAACAUCCUGCCCUCGGACAUCAUGGAGUUUGUCCUCAACACGCCCUCCAUGCAGGCCCUGGGGCAGCAGCCUGAGGCCGCCUCCUCUGAGCUCCUUUCCCUGGACGGGGGCUACGGGGUGGGCGUCAACCGCCGCAAAGACAUCCUCUUUGAGGACUUCCCCCAGCCGCUGGCCAGCACUGAGCCCGUGGAGAGCAGGGUGAACACAUCCAUCUCGGUGGAAGAGCCGUAUGGUCUACCUCUGGAACUGCCUUCUGACCUCUCUGUCCUGACCACUCGCAGCCCCACGGUCAACAACCAGAACCACGGUGGCCUCAUCUCAGAGGGCUCAGAGUGCACCGUGCUGUCCCUGGCAGCCUCGGACGAGACAAUCACUGAGAAAGGAGGCGAGGACAAGCAGCAGAAAGGAGGGGCCGGCGUGUCCCCUGAGAGCCAGCAGGAAGGAAGUGGAGGUAGCCGAGAAUCUCAGGUAAGAGAAGGUCACAUGACCCCAGUGCAGUUUGAGCACAUCACCAGUCCCUCCCUGGGCGAAGUUGUAGAAGCAGGUAGCCAGGAUCUGACCAGGAGUUCUGGGACCCCAGUCCUACCCAGCUCACCCACCUUGCCUCUCCAGGGACAGAAGUACAUCCCUGCUCCAUCUUCAGUCAGCCCCGGACCUUCCCAUGUGGCCAGCACGGCCGUCCAGACCACCUCCCAUUUAAAACCAGGCCCGGAAAAACUCAUUGUGGUCAACCAGCAUCUGCAGCCCCUCUACGUCCUACAGACGCUCCCCAAUGGUGUCACUCAGAAGAUCCAGAUCACCCCAUCGUCCAGCGCAACAGGAGUGAUGGAUACCAUGACUCUAACCACAGGGCUCACCUCCGGGAUAACCACCUCCCAGCCGAUCUUUCCUGCUGGGGGUAAAGUGUUGGGCACCAUGCCCCAUCACCCUCAGAUCCAUACUUUCACCGGCACCACCCAGACGGGCUUCCAGCCUGGCAUUCCCAGCACCACCUCCGGCCUCCUGAUUGGGUUGCCCUCCCACGAGCCCCAGAUUCUGGUGACCGAGGCCGGACGGAGGCAUGACCUGGCCCCCAACGUGACCAUUGUGUCCAGUGCCUCCAUCUCCACGUCCUCGGCUGUGCCCGCAUCUGGACACGGCAAGAAGCGACCCAUCUCCCGUCUCCAGCCACGGAAGACCAAAAAACUGGCCCGCUCUAGGAGCCAGCCCACCCUGGGCCCGUCUGAAGUGAGACCCAACAUGACUCUGAUCAACCUGUCCUCGCCACAGAUGGGCCAGUCCGAGCUGGGCACCCUGACCACGGCCGCCACCACUUCUCACCGCAAAGUCCCCAACAUUAUCAAGAGACCCAAAUCAGGAGUCAUGUACUUUGAGCCCAUCCAGCAGAGGAUGCCUCUUCCCAGUGGGCAGCCUGGCAUCCUGGGCCACGCCGCCUCCACCCACCUGCUUCCCUGCACCGUCUCAGGGCUCAACCCCAACCAGUCAGCAGUGCUGAACAUGGUGUCCAUGGCUCAGCCCAGCGGGCCCGGAGGCAUCACACCAGGCUCUGUCUCUCUCGGCACCCCGGUGCUCAGCUCCACCGAAAUCACAGGACCCAUCAGCAGCCUCCUCUUCAAAGCCAGACCACACAACCUGCUCCAGUCUGGAGCUCCUCUGAUGUCCCAGCUGUGCAGCCCCGCCCAGACCUCCAUUGCCAGCAGCAUCUGCGUGCUUCCCUCUCAUCAGACCAUCAGCAUGUCUGUCAGACAGCAGAUAAACCCGGAGAGCGGCGCCUUCCAGCGGCAGCAGCACCCACCAAAUGCCAGUGGACAACCUGUGGCUCCGGCCCCCAGCCCGGUCCAACAGGAUUCCGACAAGGGACACCUGGUCGGCGUGCUCUCCCAGAGUUCCAGCUCUCAAAGCUCACACACCAUGCCUAAAUCCAGGUCCUCCUCAGAGCAGAAACAAGAGCUGAAGUGUAGCGCUGCCGUAACGGCAUCCACGUGCUCGGGGAAAGGUAAGCAGAAAGCCAAGCGGACGAGGCAGAGUCCAGACAAGGCCAGCGGGAAGAAACACAAGGGCUGGCUGGCAGAGCCUCCUCGGGAGAUGCAGGGAGACCGGCCCACCUCCGUUCCUGGGUCUAGAGAGACGGUCUCUCCCGAGCCCAUGGACACAGGCAAGCCCAGAGAGAGGGGCACCAGCAAAAAUGUUUAUUCUGUCAAGUCUGCUGAACCUCCUGCUUUAACCAGUAAAACCAGUGAGUUCCCCGAGGAGAAAAGCGAGACCACUGCUGGUUCUCUACUAGUGGCCAGCCCUGACCAGGAGGGUAGUCGCAGGGACUCUUCUAUGGACAGCAAGCCCAAGAAGGGACUCAUCUUUGAGAUCUGCAGCGAUGACGGCUUCCAGAUCCGCUGCGAGAGUAUCGAAGAGGCCUGGAAGUCCCUGACAGAUAAAGUCCAGGAGGCCCGCUCCAACGCCAGACUCAAAGAGCUCUCCUUUGAAGGAGUGAACGGUCUGCGGAUGCUGGGGGUCCUCCACGACGCUGUGAUGUUCCUGCUGGAGCAGCUGUAUGGUUCCAGGCACUGUCGCAACUACCACUUUCGCUUCCACAAGCCCGAGGAGGCCGACGAGCCCCCGAUCAACCCCCAUGGCUCGGCCCGCGCCGAGCUCAACCACAGGAGGUCUGUGUUUGACAUGUUCAACUUCCUGGCCUCCAAGCACCGCCAGCCUCCCGAGUACAACCCCCACGAGGAGGACGAGGAGGUGCAGCUCAAGUCUGCUCGCCGGGCCACCAGCAUGGACCUCCCCAUGCCCAUGAGGUUCCGACACCUGAAGAGAACUUCCAAGGAGGCGGUGGGGGUCUACAGGUCAGCCAUACACGGCCGAGGUCUGUUCUGCAAGAGGAGCAUCGACGUGGGGGAAAUGGUGAUCGAGUACUCGGGCAACGUCAUCCGCUCUGUCCUCACCGACAAACGGGAGAAGUACUACGACGGCAAGGGUGUUGGCUGUUACAUGUUCCGCAUCGACGACUAUGAAGUGGUGGACGCCACCGUGCACGGCAACGCUGCCCGCUUCAUCAACCACUCGUGCGAGCCCAAUUGCUACUCGCGUGUCAUCAACGUGGACGGGCAGAAGCACAUCGUCAUCUUCGCAACACGCAAAAUCUACCGCGGCGAGGAGCUCACCUACGACUACAAGUUUCCCAUCGAGGAGCCGGGCAAUAAGCUUCCAUGCAACUGCGGAACCAAGAAGUGCCGGAAGUUCCUCAACUAGCCCCCCACUCUGAUGUGUGAUGGGAGUGGUGUUAGCGGUCUUUCUCCCACUCUACCAUAGCGGUCCCCUCGACGAGCACGAAGCCAUCCAUGCACUGCCAGGUCUUAGUGCAGAAUGAUGCUUCCAGUACUGCGCUCCCUUGUUGCUGUAAGGUUUGGGAAGAAAGGUGUGUUAAGGACCCGGUUAAGUUUGAUACGAGCAGGUCUCUGUUUUGGGAUGGGACAUUUUUGAAAGAGAACAACCUUAUUGUUGUGCCUCCUUUGGUUUUACUUUUGGAUCGGAUGGUUUCAGACUCUGGGAAGUCCAAGGAAAUGGUAACUGAGGUUAGCGAUGUUUUCUGUCUCUGAAUGAUACACAAAUUGCCCUUUCAUUCUGAAUUUUAACAUUACCUCACAUUAUUUUCUAGAUUAUAUCUCAAUUCUGUGUGAGCAUAGAAUCCAUUGAUUAUGUUUCACACGACAAUAAUUGCCACCUUGUUCGUUCCAUUUUAAACACCAAAGUGCAAUUUGUGGAAGGGAAUUUUCUCUGCAUUUUAGAAAAAGAACCAGGACGUAUUAUAACUGAUCAGACAACGCUUUUGUCUUGGCCUCAUCUGUUUGUACACAUCUGCCUGUCGGAAUGUGCAUCCUGUGCAGCCUUCUGAGUAUCUCGCGAGUAUCAUAAAGAAUUGCUUGGGGCUGCUUCACUGUGUUCAGCCACUGUAAAUAGUUCCUAAGCCCGUCCAGAGCAACAAGUCGCAAGAUGUGUUAGGAAGAGAAACACUAGAGGGAGCUGUAGUCAAAGUGAUAGAAAGAAGCCUGUAGGUUAUUUAUUUUCAAGUGUUAUGUUGUUAUUGUUAAUUAAUGAUAACCGCGAGUGUACUUGUAGAGACGUUGUCGAAGUCGGUCGGUGGUAAUUGGAUAAAGUCGUGACCGUGACUAGCAAGCUACGCUGAGAUUCUGGUGGACUGACAGCUGAGGGGUGAACUUAUAUAUAUAUAUAUAUAUAUAUAUAUAUUUUUUUUUUUGCUUUAGUAAAUGUUAUUGUUGGUUUUGUAUAGGAAAAUGAUAAAGGCAGAGCCGUCGAUUUGUAUCGCAGGUAUGCACACAUUGUCUUUUGAAAUUAGGUUAGGACAGAGUCCGGAAUUACAGCAAUGAGAACCAAAUGUCACCCCCCCUGAAUCUGAUUUCCCUUUAAUCCCAUUUUAAGAUCUAAAUGAUUCUUAUUAUGGCCUAUUUCAUGAAUUACUUUUGCAAAGGAAUUGUCUUUUUAUUUGUGUCGAACCAAUUUGUUUGAAGUCUUGUCCCUUCUGUCCCUUUUUUUUUUUUUAUGGCCAGAAAAAUAUCACGCUUGUUCUGAGAAUGUAAAUAAUAUGUAUAUUUUUCUAUACAAACGACUGAAAAGCACUCAAUAGUGAAUAGCACUUAAUGUUAUGAAAUUGUAUUUAUAUUUUUAAGAAAUCGUAUUUAUUUUAUUGCCAUUUUUUGUAGGAAAUAUAGGUUUUUCAAACACUAACGCUUGUGCUCUAUUUUUGUUGAGCUGCCUUUUUUCCAAGCUGUUUUUUUUCGUUGGCGUCUUAAUUGUAUUUUGUAGCCUGAAUGUUUCUUUUUGGAUUCCAAAGACUGAAGCUGUCGCUCCCUGCUGAGCCCAGUCCACCAGUAGCUCUAUUUGCCAAUCUGUUAAUCAAGGACAUUUCUAAUGACUGCCUGUUAGCAGCAUUGCAUUAUUAUAUGCACUUGAGGGAGUCCAUUUGAGUGCUGGUUUAUUAUAAUAGCUGUCUGAACUCCUUUUCCCAGCCUUAAUUCCACACUACGUGGAGGCUCCAGCCAGUCCAUUCAGACUUGGGGCUGCUCGCUGUGCGUAAUUCGUUCACUUUCAGCUUUUAAAAAAUGAAUCAAUUUCUCCACAAAUUUCAACGUCUCCCUUUCGGGAUCAAACGCGCUCCAAAAUCUGUUAACUGUAAGGACAUAACACAGUUAACGCCUGUAGCCACAUUGUACCUCCAUGUCUUUCUGUCAGUGUUGCCUUCAUAUUAAUACUGUCAAUGUUUUAUGGCAUUUAACAUGAGACCGGCUACACAUGGAAAGCUUUUUAGAAGCUGAUUAAGUUAGGAAAGGUUAGAGGCUAAGCUUUACCAUUGACCACAAUGCAACCUAUGUAGGAGUUUGUCCGCUCGCUUGAUCUCUCGCUUUGCCUUUGUUGUAACUGAGCAUGCUUCGUUUAGAGAACUCUGACUCGUAAAUUGACAGUAGUAGUCCCAGUUUUGGUGGGACAUCGGUGUACAAAAAGUGGCUAGGUUGACAGGCGUGUAUUUCCUUGCAUACCUCGAACAAAGCUCACCAAAUUGCUGCUUUGUGCAACUCUGGCUCGAGUUGUCUUAUAGUGAGCCACUUCAGGCCAGUAACUUUAUUUGUUAUGUUUUUGGUUUGUAAUCCAUUUUUCCUCGUACUCUGUUGACUUGAUCUUGUAAGGCCGUCGCAGAAUCUCGCCAACCCUUACCCUGCCCGGGCUGUGAAGUGAAACAAUAACUUUGCCAACACAUUGCACUUCAACUGUGACAGAGGCACUGACUUAACAUGGGGAAACAACUUUCUACUCCUUGUAAACCCAAUGGGUUCCUAUGUGUAAAAACCACAAGUACAGAUACUGUUUAAGCUCCCUUAGGAAUUGUGGCCCCCCCCCCCAGCAAAGUGCACUUCUGCUCGACCUUCCCCCAAAGUGUGUUAGGGACGUUCAGAGUGCAGGGACCACUCUGGAGGCCAACACUCUCCUCCACCUCCUUGCAGCCUGGGUUUUGCCAGCUAAUUCAGGUAUACAGUUUUGGUUCAGCUCUCGCUGUCCUACUAUCCUGGCUAGCCUUAGGGUGAGGCACAGGGUCAUGCUGAAUUCUGCUGCCGUGUCUUUAAUGAAUGUAUAUAUACAAAAAACGGAAUAGUGGUGAUUUCUGAUAUCAACCACUUGUUUUCUUUAGUUAUACUUUUUUUUUUUUUUAAACACAGACCGGACUGAAAGAUGAUCUCACAGGACAGUUUUUCAUUUCAGAGGGGGAAAUGAUUUGAGGGACAGCAUUCUAAAUUAACAUUGAAAGGUCACACUGAAUGAACUCAGACUUCAAAGAUGGCUUUGGUAAUCCUUUUACUUAAUCCCAAAGGCUUCUGACUCCUACAGAUCCACAGCAGUGACGUGUCUGAUGUUUUUACAACAACCCAUUAGUCAAGUGUUUUUAAAUGGCAAGACUCUUGUUGUUUUUCUUGGACUUCAUAAUACCACGCCACACCAGUGGCCCUUGUCCUUCACUUGUAAUUAUGAUAGAUCUUUAUCAAAAUAUUAACACGUACUUCAGUAUCUAUACAAUAUACAGAAUGGACAAACUUAGUUACAGUAGCAAACAGCAGGUUUAUAAUGGUUAAUAGCAGUGUUCAAUGUACUCUAAUGGUUUUGUGUUACAGUAUCAGUUUAGAAUAACUAAUGUACGGUUUCGUAUAUUGAUAUCCAGUACCAGGUGUCCUGCGCCUGUGUAUGUUCCUUUUGGCAGGAGCUUUGCAGUUUUCUUUUCUUUUUUUCUUCUCAAAAAUAAACAGUAUUUAUGUAAUGAUGCAUAAAGUGGUUCUGAACUUCUUGAGGUCAGCCAUUUUAUUUUGUGUUUUGAUUGUUGUAGUGAAUGUUUUUAUUCUUUGUACAUUUUUUACAGGGAUUUUAGACUACCUACUUGAUUGUGGUAUGAUUGAGUUUGUGGAGACCAGGAAAAAACAAAUCCCACCCAAAUGUUAUUUUUCCCUUCCAUGUCUCCCUCACCACCCCUCUUCGGAAGCUUUGGUUGUACUAUUUUAUAGAAAGUGAUGAUGAAAAUAAGUUUUAUUUAUUUAUUUUGUGUAUUGGAACGUCCAUGAAUUUAUUUACAGGUCAAGGUAGUUGCUGGAACCUGCUUGAAAGAAGUUGUGGGGGUAGAAAUACUGAACUGUAUUUGUAAUUUUAUAAUUGUUCCUUGUGUAUAGAGCUUAUCAGCCUGAGAUGAGAAGUGGCAUCAAGGGGAGUUGGCAGUAGGACUUGGAAAUGGUUAAACGGCUCUUCCUAUGCCUUGAAUAUACCUUUGUCUUGUUAACACUUCCUCAUGAGAAUAAUGAUAUUUUUUUCCCUGUUAGUUGUACAUCAGUGUUCUCUCAUGUGUCACAGAAAUGAAGGAAAGUUGAACCACAUGAGUAAACCACAAACUACGUAAGGUUGAAUGUAUAAUUGGGAAACACAAUUGUACAUAUCUGUAAAAAGAGAAGUUUCUAAUCAUGUUUAUUUUCUAUGCACUUUUUUUAUUUAAGUGAUAGUUUAAAUAAUAAACAUGUCUCGUUGA